AUGAAACUCAUCGCUAAAGGCGGAUUGUCCGUCUCGGCCGCGGUUAGACGACAGACGACUCGUCGAUCAGCACUAUUACGUCGGAACAAAUCGACCGCUGCUAACAAUGAACCUCCCUUGUCCCAACCAACGUCACCGGCUAAAGGCGCGGGCACCGUAAAGCCUUCGCCGGGCAGUCCGGCUUCACAGCCGCAUCCUCACACUUCUGCGACCGCAUCUGCUGGAGGACCAGUCCCCUCAGUGCCGGAAUCGCCUUCGCGUUCGGUGCAUCAGAUUAUAAAGGCUAGUCCGCUUGGGAAGGCGGCGCGAUGGUAUAGCCGUGAGCAGUAUAAGCGGCCGUACUGGACGCAGAUGUGGAGUACUCUUGUUAUAUACCUCUGCGCCGAUCUCUGCGCACAGUUGGUGGUGUCUGGUGGAGAGGCUUCAGAGACUAAUGAAAAGGAGGAUGACAAGGGAGCCGUGCCUUCGAGUCAGGAUGCACGAGACGAGAUCACGGGUCUCUGGUCGGGAUACGAUCCUCUGAGAACUGCGAGACAUCUGACAGUUGGCGCUGUUGCAGCUAUACCUGUCUAUAGAUGGUUCAUGUUCCUCCACCGCAAUUUCAAUUAUUCCUCCAAAGCCCUCUCAAUCCUCACCAAAGUCGCCGUGUCGCAAACUGUUUUCACACCUACUUUCAAUACAUAUUUCUUCACCAUGCAAUCGCUCCUCUCCGGGGCGACUCUCGAAGAUACCUGGGAGCGAGUUAAGAAAGCUGUACCGAACAGUGUCAUGAAUAGUGUCAAACUAUGGCCUGGCGUCACCGCUUUCUUGUUCCUUUACGUGGAGCCACAGUUCCGCAGCAUCGUUUCUGGUGUCGUCGCCGUCGGUUGGCAAACUUAUCUGAGCUGGCUGAACCAAAAGGCUGCGAAAGAAGUUAGACAGGCUGCUUCUUUGGAGAAAGUGGAACUCCUUGAAGGCACCAGCACUCGGAAAAGCGCAAUCCUUUAA